UGCAGGUCAUGACAACUCUGGCCCAGGGCAAUGAAUAGGCCGUGCCCAUGAAGCCCCAGUCUCAGCCUCUAAGCCCCAGCCAUGCCCCUGCCCCGGCAGUCUCACAGGCCAUCUCAAUUACCAAGGGCAGCAGUCAACUGCUGUGUCACUCACUGGACUGUUUCAAAAAGUCCAAUGACAUAAAGAUGGAAAACAGAAAUUGAGAAAUACACACACUUUGGGUGUUGAAGAUACAGUAACACCAGAAUGAGUCUAGCAUAGAAGCAACUUCUCUCAUAAUGGGAUACACAGCACUGCCAUGGGGUUGAGGGGUGGAGUACUCUCUCUCGCUCGCGCUCCUUCGCGCUCUCUUUCGCUCUCCUCUCUCUCUCUCUCUUUUUGUGUUGUGAAGGAGGAAGUAUGACCUUCUAGCUAUGUCAUGCUCCUGUCGUGACACAGAGUCUAUUGUUACCUGUCAUGUUUACACGUCGACUCGAGUGACAUAAUCUCGUUUGGAGAUCUCUCGUUCUGCCCUGAUCAAAGACUUGCUACAGUUGGACAGUUUCGCCUCAGGUGCCCUAUAACCACCACAUGCACUCGGCCCGGUGCUCACUCAACCCUCAACCCAUCCGCUCAAUCCUCAUAGAAUAAAAAAUGAGGCUUGAAUUAUAAUUCUUCCUCUUUGUCAGACAACGUCUAUUUAAGACUUUUAUGUAUUAUUAACUACAAUAGCGUAGGUUUCAUCUCUGUGUCACUCAACUUCUCAAACACCUCAGGCCUGAUCUGUUAUGGGUCUUUAAGCUCUAUUCAAUCAGAACCUAUAUGCAGAUGUUCUCAGGCUUGAGUCAUAAUACACUGCUCAAAAAAAUUAAGGGAACACUUAAACAACACAAUGUAACUCCUAGUCAAUCACACUUCUGUGAAAUCAAACUGUCCACUUAGGAAGCAACACUGAUUGACAAUAAAUGUCACAUGCUGUUGUGCAAAUGGAAUAGACAACAGGUGGAAAUUAUAGGCAAUUAGCAAAGACACCCCCAAUAAAGGACUGGUUUUGCAGGUGGUGACCACAGACCACUUCUCAGUUCCUAUGCUUCCUGGCUGAUGUUUUGGUCACUUUUGAAUACUGGCGGUGCUUUCACUCUAGUGGUAGCAUGAGACGGAAUCUACAACCCACCACACAAGUGGCUCAGGUAGUGCAGCUCAUCCAGGAUGGCACAUCAAUGCGAGCUGUGGCAAGACGGUUUGCUGUGUCUGUCAGCGUAGUGUCCAGAGCAUGGAGGCGCUACCAGGAAACAGGCCAGUACAUCAGGAGACGUGGAGGAGGCCGUAGGAGGGCAACAACCCAGCAGCAGGACUGCUACCUCCGCCUUUGUGCAAGGAGGAGCAGGAGGAGCACUGCCAGAGCCCUGUAAAAUGACCUCCAGCAGGCCACAAAUGUGCAUGUGUCUGCUCAAACGGUCAGAAACAGACUCCAUGAGGGUGGUAUGAGGGCCCGACGUCCACAGGUGGGGGUUGUGCUUACAGCCCAACACUGUGCAGGACGUUUGGCAUUUGCCAGAGAACACCAAGAUUGGCAAAUUCGCCACUGGCGCCCUGUGCUCUUCACAGAUGAAAGAAGGUUCACACUGAGCACAUGUGACAGACGUGACAGAGUCUGGAGACGCCGUGGAGAACGUUCUGCUGCCUGCAACAUCCUCCAGCAUGACCGGUUUGGCGGUGGGUCAGUCAUGGUGUGGGGUGGCAUUUCUUUGGGGGGCCGCACAGCCCUCCAUGUGCUCGCCAGAGGUAGCCUGACUGCCAUUAGGUACCGAGAUGAGAUCCUCAGACCCCUUGUGAGACCAUAUGCUGGUGCGGUUGGCCCUGGAUUCCUCCUAAUGCAAGACAAUGCUAGACCUCAUGUGGCUGGAGUGUGUCAGCAGUUCCUGCAAGAGGAAGGCAUUGAUGCUAUGGACUGGCCCGCCCGUUCCCCAGACCUGAAUCCAAUUGAGCACAUCUGGGACAUCAUGUCUCGCUCCAUCCACCAACGCCACGUUGCACCACAGACUGUCCAGGAGUUGGCGGAUGCUUUAGUCCAGGUCUGGGAGGAGAUCCCUCAGGAGACCAUCCGCCACCUCAUCAGGAGCAUGCCCAGGCAUUGUAGGGAGGUCAUACAGGCACGUGGAGGCCACACACACUACUGAGCCUCAUUCUGACUUGUUUUAAGGACAUUACAUCAAAGUUGGAUCAGCCUGUAGUGUGGUUUUCCACUUUAAUUUUGAGGGUGAUUCCAAAUCCAGACCUCCAUGGGUUGAUACAUUUGAUUUCCAUUGAUCAUUUUUGUGUGAUUUUGUUGUCAGCACAUUCAACUAUGUAAAGAAAAAGUAUUUAAUAAGAUUAUUUCAUUCAUUCAGAUCUAGGAUGUGUUAUUUUAGUGUUCCCUUUAUUUUUUUUAGCAGUGUAUAUUGUGUGUAACGUUGUUAUUGUUUAUCUAGUAAGCAUCUAGUGUAUAGAUCAAUCCAUAGAUCCCUUCCCUAAAAUCCUAGUGUGUUGACAACCUGACGUUGGUUUUACUAACUAUCUUCAUCUCCAACUUUACCACCAUCAUCAUCAGGGACCGGUCUGUGCCCACAUCGUAGUUCCUCCAUGUCCCUCCUCACCCUUCACUUAGCUUCUGCUGCGUGUCUGUUACUCUGUUCUGUUUGGCUGUAACCUCCAGACUUGACAUGUCUGUUCCUCUGCUCUGCUCUGCUCCCACCCACUCUCUUGCUCUCUGAAAGGAUCUGUUGUCAUCUCCGUAUCCCAGCCAUUAUCUAGCCGACGUUUCCUCUCCCUCCCAAUGAAAGAUAGAGUGUCUGAAAGCGUAGAAUAUAGAUCUGUGAUGUUACAGGAAUGGCAGCUCUGGCAGAUGGGGCGUAUCUCCUUUCGUUCUAUUUAUAUUUCCGUCCUUAUUUUUUAUCAGCUUUGAAGGUUAUAUUACAUGGAAGGAUAGAUAUCAUCGCCAUUAAAUCUAUACUGAGUAAACAAGUCGUCUUCUUUUCAAGUUGUUUGUUGAUAUGUGCCGUUUUACAAAUGGUGUAAUUUGAUUUGCAUCAUUACUUUUGUAUGUGGAUAUUAACUAGUUGUUAUGCUCUGGCAGUUUAUGUUUAGCUAUUAUAUAAACAUCUUGUGGUUUGAUUACGUAUUCACUAGAUGUGUUCAGUUUGUAUAAUAAUCUUGAUUUUUUUUCUCAACUCAUGUCAUGUUCAUAUACGUUUGUUUGUUUUUCUGUAAACGUUGUUCUAUAAAGUAAAGUGUGUGUGUUAUACGGUUUGGUGUAUAGUCAACCGACACAAGUCAUGAUACAAUACAUAAGGUACAUCUGUUAGUUAUCAUAUAUUAUUGUUUGUGUGUGUGUGUUUCCUCAGGUAUUUCGUUCUGCACAAGCUACCCACCCUAAAGUUCCUAGACACUAGGAAAGUUUCUAAGACCGAACAGCAGGAGGCUGAAGCACGGGGAGCCUUCAUGAAGGUGGUCAAACCCAAGUCAUCAGACAUGGUGGUGAGUACACUCUUUAUGAUCUAAUAGCGCUGGUUUCCCGGACACAGAUUAAACAUAGUCCUGGACUAAGAAGCACUUCCAAUGGAGAAUCUCAACUGAAUGUUACAUACAGUAUAAAGUCUCUUAAAAUAUUUAACUCAUUGAGGUGUUAUAUUCUUUAAAGAUGUUACUGGCCCUUCAGGAGUUGACAUAUUUAGGCAACCACAGAAGGGCUUUCCAGUCCAGGGAAACUAAAGUAAAAUAAAUGAAGAAAAAAAAAACAUUCUGCCUUCCAGAAUUCUGUACUUCACUGCCCAGUUCAUGGAAUCUACAGGGACAUUUAAAAAAAUAGAUGUAUUUUUAUUUAUUUUUGGGGGGGUAGAUCAGCUUUAAUAUUACAAAUAGAUUGUGGCUUCCAUCAAUGUAAUUGUCUGCAUCAUUUCCAAUCCCCCAUAUUUUUUGGGGUAAAUAUAUAAAAUAUAUAUAAUUUUAUAUAUAUUUUCCUUCAUUAUUUUCCCCUAACCCUAACACCCCUCCUCUAAUUGGAGUAAACUAAUGGACAACAACACUUAGGCUUCUACUUCCAUCUUAGACAUACUAUAUACAUUUUACGGACACAGUAUAUUUUACAAUAGUUAUCUUUUGUUUGUUUUCAGUCCCAUCCUUCAGCUACCCUCAACCCCUCCCAUCUAUCUCUUCCUGUUUCUGCCAUUCAGAGGGUCCUCCUCAUUAGCAGUGUGAGAUGACAUGAUAUAUCUCUGAUAUAUUGAAUUAUCUAAUAGUUCCCUCACCCGCGUUUGGGUCAAUCAUUUGUCUAACCCCUCUAACCAUAUUAAGGCCAUGGUUAAGUGAUGUGGAUGAGCAGUAAGAAACUGACAUAUUCUCAUCCCUCACCCCCUGUCUAUCCUCCCCUACUGUCCUCCUUUCUUCAUCCGUGUCUGAGUGUCAGUCUCCCGUUGCAGGGGUCCUGGUACGACGGCCCUUUGAACAGGAGCCCUCUCCCUCCCUCCGAAGGGACUCUCUCUUUAAUGAGUGUGUGUGUGUACUUCUGCGGGCAUGCCUGCGUGCGUGAGGAUGUGUCUCUGUGUGUGUGUGUGUGUGUGUGUGUGUGUGUGUGUGUGUGUGUGUGUGUGUGUAUGACCACGGUCUGACCUCAUUCCGUAUGCAUGAGCCCAGAUCAAAGUGGACGGGGCGGCUGUCCAGUCGCAGUAG